AUGACACAUCCAGCGCCAACUGAGCUCCCGACAAAGGACCUCUUUAGGACCCCACGCCUCGCCGACCGCAUCCCUAAUGCAGGUGUAGACAACAUUAAGGCUACGGCUGCAGCAAAUGGCACCAAAGCCUGGUAUCACCAGCUUAACGUUACCGAAGCGGAUGCUAUUCCACCAGUCUUCGACACCAUCCGAGAACAAAUUCGACAUCCAUUGCGUGGCCUAGUCGCGUGCACAGGCAUCUCAGGUGUAUUUGAUGCGACGUCAUACCCUAUCGAUGCUUUCCGCAAGGUCAUUGAUGUGAAUAUCGCAGGGACAUUUCUCAUGGCACAAGCUGUAGGUAAGGAACUGCAUCGCGCUAAUCUGGCUGGGAGUGUUGUUUUGAUCGCCAGCAUGAGUGGCUGGAACAGCAACAAAGUACGAGUCACCUCGAGGCACUGA